AUGUCGGAAAAUACAUUAUGCGAUAUAAGUGAGAAUAUAUUGAAUAAACAUAAGAAUAUUGUCAUUAAUGAACGUCCGAUACCUGAAACAUGGCUAAAGAGGAAAUGCAAAGAGUGGGAUCCUUCUUUGGUCUUAGCUAAUACCGCAAGCGUGGCAAGAGAUCACCUAGCUAAUGAAAGAACAUUUCUUGCAUGGCUUAGAACUUCUUUAUCUUUUAUUGGUAUUGGAGUAGCGAUUACUCAACUGUUCAGGUUGACGGACAGCCGAGCGAAUGACUUUAGCAAUAUUGGAAAACCACUUGGGAUAGUGUUUGUUAUCCUAGGUAUCGUUUUCCUACUGUUUGGUAUUUCUCGUUAUUUUCAUUCACAGAAUAUGAUGACGCAAGGUCAAUUUCCUGCUAGUAGAGGUGCAGUUGUACUAGGCGCGAUUCUGACCAUACUUGCCCUCUUGUCAUGCUUCAUCAUCAUUAUAAUUAUUGAAACGAAAAAUUGA